CAUGAUGCCUCUGUUGAACAAAAUGAGGCAUGCGCAAUCCACCAAAACAUUGAAAUCUAUCGUUCCCGGACCUUUCCCCAGCCGCAUAAUAUAAAGCUUGUUUUAACAUUCGUCGCAUGUUUGGAUUUAAAAUUAAUCAAACUGAUGGCUAGCCAGAAAUGCAAAGAGAGCAUAUUACAAAUAAUUGACCAACUCCGACAACGGAAAGCACGACCAGAUAUUGUGCGAAUAUGUCACAUGGCAGCCCGCAAGCAUGGAAUGAAAUGGCAAGAGACGGAGUCACAUUUGGAAAAAUUAGUAGAGUCGGGAACAGUUGUUAAAGUGGAUUAUAAAGGGAACGUGAGCUACAGAAACACGACUAAAUGGAAGAAAACCCAUUCGUGGAAAAAAAUUGUUCAUUCCGAUCUUGUGUGUAAAAAUAUCAUUUCAGCGGUUCGAGAAAUUGCGCAAAAUUCUCUAGACAGAGGCGCAUCUGUGAAAGAGGUGGAUCGGUGGCUUAAUACUAACACGCCAGAGCCACACCUAGAGCGCAAUCAGAUCCGCGCCGCUUUGGAUAAAGAAGUGGAGAAUGGACAUCUUAAAAAGCUUCCCAAUGGAAACUAUAUCAGUAGCGAAAGUAGUAACCCGGAAAAGAAAAUCGCUGAAAAACCCUCCACCUCUGUUACAAGCCCUGGUAAACGAGGCCGUCCACCCUCGAAACGCAAGAAGUUCAAGAAAACUCAUGGACCUGAUUUUGAGACACUGUCGUUUGGAAAGCGUUCCAUGGAGGACUCGUCAUGUGAUUACUGUUUGCAGACCGAACCAAUUAUUCGCAAAGAGUUCAAAGAAGGAAUUUUAGUCUGCCAGGACUGCAACGCCAAAGCUCACCCGUCAUGUAUGGGAUACAACUCUAUCCUCGCUAAGCGCGCUCUCCAAUCCCCAUGGCAGUGCAUCGACUGCAAGACUUGCACCGUUUGUCUGGACUCCGGCGACCCCGAUAUGAUGCUAUUUUGUGACGCCUGUGACAAGGGAUAUCACAUGAACUGUCACGAACCAGCCAUAGAAGAAAAACCACAAGGUAAAUGGGAGUGUCAGACUUGCCAAGAGACGGGUGCAGUGCGUGCCUCCAUGGAAGUUGAUGAAGUCAAUGAUAUCGCAGACGACAGUCGAGACGAAAACAACACAUCUUGCUUACCCACUCCGUACGAGUCUGCAGCAUCUUCCGAUGAUGACAAUCGCAGGGUCGAGGUUAAGAGAAGAUCCGAAGAAGGGUCGCCAUCUGAUCAGAAGAAGGUGUACUACCCUGACGCAUCCAAGUGGGGAGUUGAUGAUGUUGCAAGAUUCUUUAUAAACCUUGGAUACAAGGAUCAGGCAGAAGCUCUCCAGGAGCAGGAGAUCGAUGGGCAGUCUCUAUUAUUGAUGAAGAGGAGCGAUGUAUUGAUUGGAUUGUCAAUCAGGCUGGGCCCCGCCCUCAAAAUGUAUCAACACGUUAUGAAACUGCAGCUGGUGGGUGUAGACACCGUGUCCAACUGACUGAAAUACGUCUUUGAUGAAGAUGAAUGUGAUACAGUACUUUAAGUUGUACCAUUGAAAAUCCACCUUACUGUGUUGGCUAUAAUUUGCAGCAUGAAUAUUCACGGAUAGAUAACGUUUUACUAAAGAAACUAAACCUCAUUUUGCAUACAUCAAGAAUUUAAAUGUACAUCCAUUUUGCAUCUCAGGUUUUUCUGUAUUUAUUUACGUUAUUGUCAUCUAAUGAAGCGGUUCGAAAUCCCAUGCAUUUUUUGUUUUGUUUAGCUUUUAUCAUUUCUAUGCAGACUUAACAUGUUGGAUGAAAUCCGUAUCAUCAGUUAUUAUAGUCUUUUCAUUCCAGUCUAAUUGUAAUCUGAAUCGUGUUGAAAUUGAAAUCUUGUAUUGCUAGAACAAAUGGAAAUGUAAUGUACAUGUUGGUCUAUUUAUUAUUGCUAUUGUCUAUGAAGUUGCCUUUUUGCAUCAAAUGUAAUGAUUUAAAAAUAGUAUGAAUAGAUUACUGUACAGUGUUGAGUUAUAAAAAGCUGCUUUGACUAGUUUACUAAUAAAAACUAUUCUGGCUUUUAAUAAA